CUGCCCGACACCCGCGCGACCCCGCCCGCUCGCCCGGCCGCUCGGUCCUACCGCCCGCUGUCAGAGGCAGUUGCCCUCGCCCGCUGCCGGAGACCCCGGCCCACGGCCGCCGCCCCUCGUCCACUGCGGGAUACUCGCGAGCGCGCCGCCCGCUCGCCUCGUCCACUGCGUCACAGGGCGACAUCCCUCGGCAGCGCCCCGCCCCCCGUGCUGCCCACCGCGAACCCCGGCCAGUGCGCCCUCCCUUGGCGGCGCCUAGUUUGGGUGAAGUCGAGCCAGCGGGCGUCCCCUGGCUCCCCUCCCUCGGGCGGCCAUGGAGGAGCCAUGCACUGCUAAUAUGUCGGAUGAUGAAGACGAUGGGUGAUCGUGAUGGUGACACCCAGAGCUAGAAGGCCACGAGGAGUUCAAUAUGAGAUGUGUGGGACUUGAUAAAGCUUGGAGAUUAGCUUAGUGCAAGGGAUGAUGUCGAUCCCUCUAGGAUGGGGAUUGCUGGUGAAUCACUCGGAGGUAUUAUAGAUCAUGAUUGCAUCAUGAUACUGAAUUAAUACAUAGACUUCACUUUUAGAAAACUUAUCCUUUUUAUUUGGAGCUGAAUACAUGAAUGCAUGCAUUGUUUGCUGCUUUUUGUGGAUACACGGUACAGUGUUGUUGUUCCAAUAAUUGGUGUUCAGGGAUUUCAAUGGGCAAUAGAUAAUGACAUGUGGCAAGCUAGAGUUGAUAGCAUUAAGCCUUUAUUUGAAGAAGCAAGAAUUUAUUCAGGGAAGAGUGAAAUAGAUGCAGAGGUUGUGAAAAAGGUUUGGGACAAGAUAGCACCUGCUAUGGCUUCACAGUUUGAUGCUCCCUACUCAGUUCCUCCGAUUGCACCACGUCCACUCCUCCUAAAUGGUGCUGACGACCCUCGUUGCCCAGUCCUUGGUCUACAAGAACCUGCCUCAAAAGUUGCUGAGGCUUAUGCAGAAGCUGGUUCUGCGGAUAAGUUCAAGGAUCCAAAGAACUAGCUCGACUGGACUCUAGAUCACGGACAAUCUAGUCUUGGCACUUAAUUAGGAUGGCUAAAUUACAUUUGAGUUUCAUUUGACGGAUAUUUUCUAUGAGAAUUAUGAAUUUUAUGAAUCUACAUAUUAUACGUAUGGUUUUGAAUAUUGUAA